UAUAAGAGGCGCGGAGGGGGUGUGCAGCCGAGUGCGUGCCUCGCCUGCCAGCCGGCUUGGCUAGCGCGCGGCGACCGUGGCUAAGGCUGCUACGACGCGAGCUUGGGAGGAGAGGCGGCCUGCGGGUCAGAGGAGCAUCCCGUCGACCCGGCCAGGCGGCGUGGCCCGCGGGUCAUGGCCAAAGGAGAAGGCGCCGAGAGCGGCUCCGCGGCAGGGCUGCUGCCCACCAGCAUCCUCCAAGCCACUGAACGCCCGGCCCAGGUGAAGAAAGAACCGAAAAAGAAGAAACAACAGUUGUCUGUUUGCAGCAAACUUUGCUAUGCACUUGGGGGAGCCCCCUACCAGGUGACAGGCUGUGCCCUGGGUUUCUUCCUUCAGAUCUACCUAUUGGAUGUGGCUCAGGUGGGCCCUUUUUCUGCCUCCAUCAUCCUGUUUGUGGGCCGAGCCUGGGAUGCCAUCACAGACCCCCUGGUGGGCUUCUGCAUCAGCAAAUCCUCCUGGACCUGCCUGGGUCGCCUUAUGCCUUGGAUCAUCUUCUCCACGCCCCUGGCCGUCAUCUCCUACUUCCUCAUCUGGUUCGUGCCCGACUUCCCACACGGCCAGACCUAUUGGUACCUGCUUUUCUAUUGCCUCUUUGAGACGAUGGUCACGUGUUUCCAUGUUCCCUACUCGGCUCUCACCAUGUUCAUCAGCACCGAGCAGACUGAGCGGGAUUCUGCCACCGCCUAUCGGAUGACUGUGGAAGUGCUGGGCACAGUGCUGGGCACGGCGAUCCAGGGGCAAAUCGUGGGCCAAGCAGACACGCCUUGUUUCCAGGACCUCAAUGGCUCUACAGUGGCUUCACAAAGUGCCAACCAUACACAUGGCACCACCUCACACAGAGAAACGCAAAAGGCAUACCUGCUGGCAGCGGGGGUUAUUGUCUGUAUCUAUGUAAUCUGUGCUGUCAUCCUGACCCUGGGCGUGCGGGAGCAGAGAGAACCCUAUGAAGCCCAGCAGGCUGAGCCGAUCGCCUACUUCCAGGGCCUACGACUGGUCAUGAGCCAUGGCCCAUACGUCAAGCUUAUUACCGGCUUCCUCUUCACCUCCUUGGCUUUCAUGCUGGUGGAGGGGAACUUUGUCUUGUUUUGCACCUACACCUUGGGCUUCCGCAAUGAAUUCCAGAAUCUACUCCUGGCCAUCAUGCUCUCAGCCACUUUCACCAUUCCCAUCUGGCAGUGGUUCCUGACCCGGUUUGGCAAGAAGACAGCUGUAUAUAUUGGGAUCUCAUCAGCAGUGCCAUUUCUCGUCUUGGUGGCCCUCAUGGAGAGUAACCUCAUCAUCACAUAUGUGGUAGCUGUGGCAGCUGGCAUCAGUGUGGCAGCUGCCUUCUUACUACCUUGGUCCAUGCUGCCUGACGUCAUUGAUGACUUCCAUCUGAAGCAGCCUCACUUCCACGGAACCGAGCCCAUCUUCUUCUCCUUCUAUGUCUUCUUCACCAAGUUUGCCUCUGGAGUGUCACUGGGCAUUUCCACCCUCAGUCUGGACUUUGCAGGGUACCAGACCCGUGGCUGCUCGCAGCCGGAACGUGUCAAGUUUACACUGAACAUGCUCGUGACCAUGGCUCCCAUAGUUCUCAUCCUGCUGGGCCUGCUGCUCUUCAAACUGUACCCCAUAGAUGAGGAGAGGCGGCGGCAGAAUAAGAAGGCCCUGCAGGCACUGAGGGACGAGGCCAGCAGCUCUGGCUGCUCAGAAACAGACUCCACAGAGCUGGCUAGCAUCCUCUAGGGCUCGCCACGUUGCCCGAAGCCACAAUGCGGAAGGUCACAGGAGGGAUCAGGACCUGUCUGCCGGCUUGCUCAGCAGCUGGACUGCAGGUGCUAGGAAGGGAACUGAAGACUCAAGGAGGCGGCCCAGGACCCUUGCUGUGCUCACCGUGGGGCCGGCUGCUCUGUGGCCUCCUGCCUCCCCUCUGCCCGCCCGCCCGUGAGGCAAAGCCCUGGGGCUGCCACUGUGAAUAUGCCAAGGACUGAUCGGGCCUAGCCCGGAACACUAAUGUAGAAACCUUUUUUUACAGAGCCUAAUUAAUAACUUAAUGACUGUGUACAUAGCAAUGUGUGUGUAUGUAUAUGUCUGUGAGCUAUUAAUGUUAUUAAUUUUCAUAAAAGCUGGAAAACGGC